AUGCCCCGCUCCUCUCUCGGCGCCGUCGGCCUCCUCUCGUGGCACGUUACCGGCGUCGCCCUACCCGAGUCCGGUUCCUCCAACGGCCAACCUCACACCUCGAGGCUCGUUCCACGAUCCCAUGUCCUCCACGAGAGGCACCUCGCCGACCACACCAAGCUGUGGAACAAGAGGUCCAGGGCGGACGCCAAAGCCCUCUUGCCUGUGCGCAUAGGCUUGACCCAGCGGAACCUGGACGAGGGACACAGGCGGUUGUGGGACAUAUCCGACCCGGCGUCACCAAACUACGGAAAGCACCUGUCACCGGAAGAGGUCGUUGCCUUCUUCGCGCCCAAGGAGGAUGGUGCUACAGCUGUGACGGACUGGCUAGUGGCCGAAGGCAUCUCAGCCAGCCGCAUUUCCAGAUCGCGAAACAGGCAGUUCGACGCAACUGUAGAGGAGGUAGAGGCCCUCUUGUACGCCGACUUCCACGUCUAUGAGCACGCCGACACGGGCGUGGCCAACCUCGCGUGCUCCGGCUACCACCUCCCCGCCAGCAUCCGCGAACACAUCGACUACGUCACGCCCGGCAUCAAGCUCAUGCCCGAAGAGGGGGUGCUGAGGCCGAAACUGAAGCGAGACGCGGGGACAAAGGCUCGGGCGGGGCGCAGGCCAGGCAGGCCCGGGCGGGUAUCUUCUGAUUCUCUGCUCAAGGAAGAUUUGCCCGUGAGGCCAAGGCCUUCCGCUAUAGCUCAACCUGUGGUCCAAGCUGCAGCAAGAAAGGGAUCUGGCGUCACCCCCGCGAGCUUAGCCAACCAGGCAGAUGAAGGUACAGAAGAGGGUACGGAGGAGGGCGAUGAGGCUGAAGACGUGCCAGUCAUAGUCCGGCCUGUUGUGCCAGAGGUACCUGCUUUCUUGCCGCCCGACGACGACUGCGUAUAUGACGUUACUCCAGAGUGUAUAAGAGCCCAGUACAACAUCCCCGCAGGCUCCAAGAACCAAACGGGCAACAAGCUAGGCAUCUUCCAGGGCCUGAACAUACGGUACUGGCAGGGCGAUUUCGACCUGUAUUUUGACGCCGUGGCACCAUGGGUCCCCCAAGGAUCGCACCCUCAGAAUAACCUCGCCAACGGCGCAAUCGGCGAGACUGACGAUCGGCUUUCGUCGGGCGCUGAAGCGGUCAUGGACUUCCAGCUAGGAAUGUCCCUAGUAUGGCCGCAGGAAACAGUGCUCUGGCACGUUGAUGAUCCGUGGUACGAGGAUGCCCAGAUGCAAGAGCCUCUCAUCUACAAAGGCUUCUUUAACAAUCUCUUCAACGCAAUGGACGGCAGCUACUGCGAAUUCGAGGCCUACAACCAAACCGGCAACUGCGUCGACCCGGACUGCCUCGACCCCAUCUACCCCAACCCCAACCCCGGCGGCUACGACGGCCCCCUCGCCUGCGGUACUUUUGAGCCCACCAACGUCAUCUCCAUCUCCUACAGCGGCUCCGAGUCCAGCCUCCCCGCGUCCUACCUGAAACGGCAGUGCGCCGAAAUCAUGAAGCUCGCCAUGCAGGGCAUCACCGUCGUCGUCUCGUCCGGCGACUACGGCGUCGGGAGCAACCGGCGCGAUCCGCCACCCCUGGGUUGCCUCGGCGAGAACUACGACGUCUUCAAUCCCGUGUUUCCGGGAAAUUGUCCCUACGUCCUCGCCGUGGGCGCGACGGAAUGGAGGAAACCCAAGGCGGAGGUGAUUCCGCCGGACGUGGGCGGCGUGACGGAGGGGGACGACGGCAGGGAUCCCGAGGAUCCGCGCCAGGGUGGGGAUAGUGGGCGGGAUGAUGGCGAGGAGGGGGUAGAGGCGUGCACGCGCCGCGAGGAGGAGAGGAAUGAGGAGGCAGAAGACAAACAGCCGGAGGAGGGCGAAGGGCUAGAAAGCGAACCGGUAGCGCAGACCCCGUGGGCGACGCCCCAGCAGUUCACGGGCCCCUACGAAGAGGUGGCCACCACCUUCUUCUCCUCGGGCGGCGGCUUCUCCAACGUAUACCCCGUGCCCGAGUACCAGCGCCCCCACCACCGGGCCUACUUUUCUGCCCUCGGCGGCCCGGCCAACGCGACGGGUAGAGCGGCGGGGAAUGUGACGCUGAUCGCGCCCGCGCUCGACGUGGAGGGGUACGUGGGUGGGCGCACCGACUACGAGACCAUUGGCGACGACGGGCUGCGGUUCAACCGCGCGGGCCGGGGCACGCCGGACGUGUCGGCCGUCGGGGAUAAUAUCUACGUGGUGUUGCGUGGGCGCCCGGUCCUCAUGAUGGGCACGUCGGCGUCGGCGCCGAUCGUGGCGGCGAUGCUGAAUCUUGUGAAUGAGGAGAGGUUCUAUAAGCUAGAGCCAACAUACUAA